UCUACCGUCUCCAGUUGUGGUGGCUGCGUGUCACUUUGUUACCCCAAACGGUUCCCUGUAAUACAGAAUUUGGAAAUCGUUAGUCUAUAUAUCGUCAUGGCCGAGGAAGUUAUUGGGACCGUGAGGGAAGCCAUCAAAGGUAUAAUUGGGGAUGCGAAUGCAAAAAAUGAGUCGCAAACAAAUGAAAAGAAGCCCUCGACGCCAGAGGGCAUGGCAGUCGCCUAUGGUAGUCUUGUAAUUAUGGCGAUGUUGCCUAUAAUUUUUGGGUCCAUACGUUCCGUCAAGCUGCACAAACUAAAGAAGUCGACGGGCGAAAAGGCGGACACAAUGAGCAAAAAGGACGCUAUGUACUUCCCCCUUAUUGCUUCGGCGGCUCUCUUUGGACUGUACAUGUUCUUCAAGGUGUUCUCAAAGGUGCACAUUAACUUGCUGCUCACCGGCUACUUCUUUGUGUUAGGCGUCAUUGCAUUGGCCCAUCUGUUAAGUCCUAUUAUCAACUCGCUGAUGCCCGCGGCCGUACCAAAGGUGCCCUUCCACAUCCACUUUACGAAGGGCGAGGGCAAGCAGAAGGAGGAUAUCAUAAAUUACAAGUUCUCUACGCACGACAUUGUAUGUUUGGUCAUCUCGUCAGCCAUUGGCGUUUGGUACCUUCUGAAGAAGCACUGGAUAGCCAACAACUUGUUCGGUUUGGCCUUUGCCAUUAAUGGUGUGGAGAUGCUGCAUUUGAACAAUUUCGUGACUGGCGUUAUUCUGUUGAGUGGUCUAUUUUUCUACGAUAUUUUCUGGGUGUUUGGAACAAAUGUCAUGGUGACGGUGGCUAAGAGCUUUGAGGCUCCCAUCAAGCUAGUUUUCCCACAGGAUCUCAUUGAGCAUGGCCUGAGUGCAUCGAACUUUGCCAUGUUGGGUCUCGGCGACAUUGUCAUUCCAGGCAUUUUUAUUGCCCUGCUGCUGCGCUUCGACGAUAGCAAGAAACGUAAGACCCGCAUUUAUUUCUAUUCAACGCUGGCUGCUUACUUCUUGGGUCUGAUGGCGACGAUCUUUGUGAUGCACGUAUUUAAGCAUGCCCAACCUGCGCUCUUGUAUUUGGUACCCGCCUGUAUGGGCACCCCAUUGUUGGUGGCGCUGGUGCGCGGCGAGCUUAAGGUGCUCUUUGCCUAUGAGGACCAUCCCGAGGAAAAGCCUGAGAAGAAGGAGAAAAAGGAAAAAAAGGAGGAAGAGAGCAGCAACAGUGGCAGCAGUAGCACAAACAAAAAGAAGGAAUCUAAGAAAGCAAAGUAAUUCGUUUAGUGUCGCUUCCUAGGCAACACUAGAUAGCAUUCGUUCCGACGCUCCAAAAGAGUUUGCAUGUCUUCUAAGCAAAAUGCAACACGCUCACCACACCAACACCACAUACUUUUAAACCAUUAUUGGGCGCGAUUUGUUAUUUAUCUCCUUUUUUACUUUAUUAACCAACAAUUGUACUUCCUGCGGCAAUUUAUAAAAGACGAUUUGUUAUUCUAUUGAAUUAGAUGUGUUCCUUUGGAAGGCACAACCACCUAAUUGAGUUCGAAUAGGUUAAACUGCAUGAUAGAAUUAACUUACUUUGUCAAAACAAUUGAAACUGAGUCCAAUAUGUAGAAAUUUAUUAAUUUAUGUAAACAACAGUUAUGUACGUACGUAUGUAUAAGCAAGAACAAUUGAAAUAUUCCAAUUUUUGUAUAACAAGUGUAAAAA